CCUCUAGUGGUAGUUUGUUGGCACUAUGUAGAAAUUCUAUCAUUGUUGGUUUGUUAGCAUUCCUAUACACUUUCAGUUUUACUUUAACUUUAAUUUAUCAUUUGUAAAAAAUAAAAAACUGAAAACAAGGAAAAAUAGUAAAUACAAAAAUUGCGACUGUGCCCAAGUAAAAUAUUUAAAAUUCUAAAACCCAUCCAGCGAAAAUUAGUGAGGUACACAAAAAUCAGCAAUGUCUCAACAAAAUCAUCAACCACAACAACAAAAUGGUAGUAGCAAAAAAAAAAAGAAUGUUAGGAAAAAGAUGAAUAAAAAUGAUCAACAAAAUCAAAAACCCGACUCGUUUGGAGCGGGAGAUGGUGAUGGCGAAAAACAAUCGCAGGUACCGUCAAAUUCUCAGCCAAACAAUUCAAAUCUGUCACUGCUUGCAAAGAACGAAGCGAACAAUCGAACAAACAAUAUACGUGAAACCACCAUUAUCAGCAUGUGCGUGGAACAUCUUCGGCGGCAAAUGCAAUCGCUAAUGUGUGGCGAACUUAACCAAAGUCCAGAAAUGCUUACGAGUGGUGAAAAUUCGGGCCACCAGCGGAGUUCACAACAACAACGACGUACUGACACUCUACCAGCACCAGGUAACCGGGAUAACUCGGAAAACAAUCGACCACUGAGCAAGUCAGCUCGUUUACGAAAAAGACGUAAAGCUGCUCAACAAAAUAAAUAUGUAGCUAUUGAUUGCGAGAUGGUAGGAGUUGGUUACAACGGACAGGAUGACAUGCUGGCACGAGUGUCCAUCGUAAAUAGGCAGGGAGAAGUGCUGUUAGAUAAAUUUGUUAAACCGUGGAUCGAGGUAAUUGAUUACCGGACAAGUAUUUCGGGGAUCAGGCCUGAAGACAUCGAAAACGGUGAAGAUUUUCAUGUAGUUCAAAACCAGGUUGCUGAACUAAUACAGGGCAAAAUUCUAGUUGGUCAUGCCAUACGCAGCGACUUGGCUGUUUUAUACAUCAAACAUCCAUUCAAAAAUAUACGCGAUACUGCCCGUUAUAAGCCACUGUGCCGUCUUGUUUCUAAUGGUCGAACACCAAGCCUUAAACUUCUCAGUCAAACUAUUCUAGGCAUGGAAAUACAAAUAGGAGAACACAAUUCUGUGGAAGAUGCCCGUGCUGCCAUGAAACUUUAUAAUCGUUUAAGUAGCGACUGGGAAAUCUAUAUACAGGCACAAGAAAAGCGAAAGAAAUAGUACUCACUGAGGGAACUGAAAUAGUACGCACUGCAAAAGGCUCAUGAGAAUCAACCUGCCGCCUUCAUAUUUUUCUACUAGUACAUACAUUUUGUACCGAUUAAGUGAUUUAGACUUAAGUGUCCCAAACGCACCCCACGACAGGUCAAUAUUUGAAAAAUGUUAAGAAAACAAAACUAAAAUAAAAGUAUGUAACAAAAUUAAAAAGAACCCAAAAAAAGACUUAGCACUCAAAUGUAAAUUUCAAAUAUAACUUUCAGAGACAAUAGUUUAGUACAGUUUUAUUACUUCGCACCUCCGGACUUAUUUUCAAAUUUAGGUUGGGAAAAAAUAAAAGGAAAACGUAUCCUUUGAUCUUAAAAGAAUUUGAGCCAGUAGCCGUUUUGUACUGUAUUUUAUGGUAGUUACUUGUAUAUAACUGUAAUUUCUAUACAAAGAAGACAUCUAACUUGUUAAAGAUAAUAAUGAAAAAUGUUACUAAUUAUACCAUGUAAUUUUCAUUAAAAAUGCUUUAUUUUAAGAAGUCUUUUUUUACAAUCGA